UGAUUUCACAUUCCUUUAAUUGUCAAAGAGGAAGUUUCUAUUCAACUGUGAAAUAACAAUUUUGUAUAAUUCUAAGAAUAAGUCUACAAGACACAGGAACAUGUUUAAGAAAUUUGACGAGAAAGAAAGCAUAUCGGGUGUUCAGCAGCUGAAGUCAUCCGUUCAGAAGGGGAUACGGUCUCGGCUGCUCGAGCUGUACCCACAACUGGAUAACUACAUCGAUCAGGUGUUACCCAAGAAGGAUACAUUUAGGAUUGUCAAAUGUCACGAUCACAUCGAGAUAAUGGUGAACAGCGCUGGCGAACUGCUGUUCUUCCGUCACCGAGAGGGACCCUGGAUGCCUACUCUUCGGCUAUUGCAUAAAUAUCCAUUCUUCCUACCGAUGCAGCAGGUAGACAAAGGUGCGAUCCGCUUCGUGCUCAGUGGUGCCAAUAUCAUGUGCCCAGGGCUGACGUCACCAGGCGCCAGGAUGUCUACCGUAGAAAAGGGGCAGGUGGUCGCAGUAAUGGCAGAGGGCAAGGAGCAUGCUCUAGCUGUCGGAAUGACUUCACUUUCCACUGAUGACAUAGCCAAAGUGAACAAAGGCGUGGGAAUUGAGAACUGUCAUUAUCUCAAUGAUGGCCUGUGGCAAAUGAAGCCAGUGAAGUAAAGGAAUCUUUAAAUAACUCAAUAUUUAUAAAUAUUCUUUCAUAAAUUUAUUUAACUCUAAGGUAUUUUUUAAUAAACGAU